AUGUUUUAUAGUAUUGAUUUACUUUCAGCUCAUCGAGGGAAGUUCGGGAUUAUAUGGUUGGCAGCUACCAGGGUAAGAAAACAGCUAUCAAGAAAGGAACUAAAUUCUGUCAAUAUUGUUACUGCUUGGAGAGACACAACUUCGACUAUCAUUGUACUUGGCAUCACAGUUGACUUUCGGUAUUUGUAUCAUUUACAGAGAAAAAACUGUUGUUAUGCUACUACUAAAUCUCAUACAAAGCGUAAAACUCGUGUGCUGAUUGAUGACCCUGAAGUACCUCUGUUAAACUUGUACAACGAAUCAAAUGAUUUUGGAAAUCUUCAGUUGCCUGAUUUGUUUUGGCCUAGUAUCAAUGAACCUUGUCUGGAUUUCAUGGAUACACAAACUCUGUAUCAAGCACGAAAUGAAGACAUAACUUUGGUGGAGGACACUUCGGUCGAGACAACUGGUGCUCGUUUUUCAUUUGGUGAAGAUUUUUUGCCGGAGUUUAUCCUUGAAUCGAUAAAUCGUGAUCAUCAUACCAUUCAACCAGUAGAUUUAAUUCCUAUUGAGAUUCAAAAUGGCAAGAGACACAUUUCUAAACAUUUAGUACAUGAGAGUGAAGCUGAAGUUACAGAACAUUCUGCAGUAGAAAGAUCGUGUUAUUCAGAUAAACCUCAGAGGCCGAUAACAACAAUACAAGAAAAUAAUGCAAUAUUCGAUUCCGUAUCAAAUCAAUUUGUUCCUUUAUGUACAGAGAUAGUGAACUCUUCAAAGGAUUUGACUAAUGCGGAAACGCUUGCUCAAGGAAGUUUUGAUGUAUGCACAGUUUCGCAGUCUUCUGACGUGCCUAUGGAAUCAGUCAAUGCUAUUUCAACUAAGGUGGACAGUGCACUAAUGCCUUCUGCACAGUUCAGCACUGAAAUAAUCAAUAAUUCUACUCAAUUGGAUAAUAUCAAACAAUCGAAUGUUGUAUUAGAACAAGUUGAAUUGACUACAGAUUUUUUAACAGAAACAGAAAUGACUCAGAUAUUACCUCAGAAAGAAGAAGAAAGAAACAUUACUGGUGCUUCUGAACUAAACUUGUGUCCGAUUUCGUUAUCUCAAUUAAAUUCAUUAAAUCCUGUCGAAUUGGAGGAGUAUACGCAUCAUCGUCGUAUAAAAAAACGUUCUAAUAAGCUCAUCAUUGAUGAAAUCACCCGACUAACAGGAUCAGAAUUACGCUGGAAUAUGUCACAUGGCGAGGAAACUAUGGUUACACGAAACGUUUAUCUGGCUGAAUCAACUCCACGCAGUCAAACGCGGCAUCUAUUGUCUCGGAGCGUUUCACGAUUAUUCUCUGUUCCCAGUAAUCUGGAAACUGCUCUUAGUUUAAGACUUUGUGAAAUUGUAUUGUUUUUGAUCACAAAUAGUCCAAUAGAAACCAUUCCGGAAAAUAAGCGUACGAUGUCUUCGGUGAUUUCUGACAAAAAGUGGAGCAAUCUUAAAUGCAUUCUUGGACGUUCUGGUCCAUUUCAUCGGUCAGAAUUCGAGCCGUCAAAUGAACUCUUAAGUAUGGUUAGAGAACAUGUGAAAAUCCUUGUCAUUGGAGCUGGAGGUUUGGGUUGUGAGCUUCUGAAGAACCUUGCUAUGAUGGGGUUUUGUCAUCUGGAGGUCAUAGACAUGGACAUAAUCGAUAUUUCUAAUUUGAACAGACAAUUUUUGUUCCGAUCUCACGAUGUCGGUAAACCGAAAGCCAAUGUUGCUGCUGAUUUUAUCAUGCGCCGCAUUCCAACAUGCAAAGUUGUCCCACACUACAAUAAAAUUCAAGAUUUCGGUGCGCCGUUUUAUAAACAAUUUAAUGCUGUGGUUUGUGGUCUUGAUUCAGUCACAGCUCGGCGGUGGAUUAAUUCUAUGCUGGCAAGUCUGGUUCGUUAUAAUCCAGAUGGUCAACCAGAUCCAAACACUGUCAUACCACUUGUUGAUGGUGGGACAGAGGGAUUCAAAGGACAUGUUCUCGUUGUUCUGUAUGGCCUAACUGGAUGCCUAGAAUGUACACUUGACUUAUACCCUCCACCAACCAAUUUUCCCUUAUGUACUAUAGCGCAUACUCCUCGUCUUCCAGAACAUUGCAUAGAAUAUGUAAGAAUUCUGUUAUGGUCAAAAGACAAUCCAUUUGGAAAUAAUGUUGCAAUCGACGGCGAUUCACCCGAACACAUACAAUGGAUAUAUGAAAAGUCAUGUGAAAGGGCUAAACAAUUCGGAAUUUCGGGUGUUACACUACGUCUUGUACAAGGUGUUGUAAAGCGAAUAAUCCCUGCUGUUGCUUCUACAAAUGCUGUUAUCGCAGCUGCAUGUGCAACUGAGGUUUUCAAACUAAUCACAUUCUGUUACAAUUAUUUGGAUAAUUACAUGAAUUUCAGUGAUAUAGAUGGAGUUUAUACGUAUGGUUUUUCUGUUGAACGCAAAGCUGAUUGUCUUGCCUGUAACAAUGUGCCAAGAACUCUUCGAUUUCAGACUACUUGUACAUUAAGAGAUGUUAUAAAUUUUUUGAAGACAGAUCCUGAAUUUCAAAUGCAGUCACCUAGUAUAACAACAAUUAUUGAAGAUCAACAUCGUUCAUUGUAUAUCAAUCUGCCAGAAUUGGUUGAUACCCUGAAACCGAAUUUGUCUAAAACUCUUCAAGAACUUGGUCUUAUUAAUGGUCAAAUAAUUCAUGUUAGUGAUAUUACAACACCUAGAACAUUAUCUAUAAAGCUUCAUUUGGAUGACACGUAUAAUGCAAAUCAUUUGAUCGGUAUAAAUUAAUUUGAUUAAAACAAAUUGUUUAUGAAUGAUAACAUGAUAUGUUAUGUUAUAAAAUGCAAUCAUAUUAUCAUUAUUAUGUCUUAUAUCUUUGUAUAUGAUUAUUUUAGUUGUCAUAGUAAAUAUAACAUUAUUUGUUGUUUCAUUUUCUCUUUUUGAAUAAUACUACUUUAUGGUGACUUUUUCUUUUUUUGUUUUGUUUUGUUUUUCUAUUCAUAAGAAUGUUUAUGUUAGAUGUUUGAAAGUAAUUUUCAAAAUAGCUGUUGUUGUUGUUUGUUUGUUUGUUGACUAACAUUUAGUGUAUGUUUGUACUUAUAAAGUUCAAGGUGUAUCUGCUUGCUUGAAACGCUCUCAUAUGAUCACGUGUAUACAACCACUACCAGGGAAGGCCUACUCACUGUCUUCUCGGGGCCGGGUUAUUGUUCAUGAAAUUAAGAGGAUGAAAAGCGAAUGCCGGCACUUUAACCGGGUUGGUGGAUAUAGAGGAUCCACCUAGGUGAGUUGGAAAACCCUGAUUCCAAACGAAUGGUGCACAUGGAUUUCCAGUAUCCUGAAGGAAAAAAAUGUGUUAUGAACCAAUUAUUGGUCAAUGACUACCAUGGGACUGCAUCUCCUGACGUUGUUCCACUGACUUGUGGAUUAGACUCGGAUAGUGGCCCUAUAAGAAAACCACCUACUUCGGUUAGGGCAACUGGGCAGUAUCCCAGCUGUCACAUAAAUCAAAUGAUUUAUGUGCCACAUAUCUGUUUGGUGCCUCUUAGUAUCAAUGUUCAUGUGUUUAAAUAAAUAAUAAUAAAUAAACCUUGAAUUUAUUUAUUCCGUUUUGCAUUGAAUAAUUAAUCCUCUUUUAAAUUAUUGUAGUUAAGAAAUGUAUUUUAUUAUAUUUACAAACUGGUUUCUAUCCCUUAUAUAUUUUGAGCAUAGAACAUCAACGUUUCAGUGUGAUGUAAUAAUUUCUAGUACUCAUGAUUUGUUGAUGCUCAUUAUUAUUGAACUUAAAUUUAGUUUUGGAUACUUUCAUUAUUGUUUCAUUCUAUACGAUCUUAUUUAUCAUUAUGCCAAGAUUACAUCGACAAUGAAUCAUCAUCUAACCAUUGUUUUAAUUUCCUUUAGUUUUUACAUUGAUGAUAACAUUAAUUUUGAUCUGUUAACUUUCUAGGAUUAAAAAUAUUGACGCAUAUAUUUAACAGAUAAAACCUAAAAAUUGGUUUAAUGUGAUGGCUAAAUGUUAAUAGAAAUCAUACCUUAAAUUCUUUUCAAAGUACCUUAAUAUACUAAUCUGAUCCCUUAGUGGUCUUGAGUGCUGUUAGAGGUAUGAGGGCGGUUAUCA